AUGACGGCAAGGAAUCUGUUGUCCUCAAUUGCGGAGGGCGCGAUGCGAGGGGCCAUGGCGGGAGCCGACGGGACGGAUGAGGAGACAGCCAAGGCCUUCGCAGUGAAAGUACUGGACCAGGUCUUGGGUGCAGGCUCCGCGUGGGCAUCCUCAGGCUUUACCCGCGCCAGCUGUCCCAGUUGUGGCGAAGGCUACGAUUCCGAGGCUUGGCAUUUGGCGGUCUGCCCUGCUGCUGGCCGACAGAUGCUCCGACCGGGUGAUGAGGUCCGUGUGUUUGGCCUUGAGAAGCUGCCGCAGCUCAAUGGAAAGGUGGGACAGCUCCAGCGCUUCGUGAAUGCCAAGCAGCGCUGGGUGUUGCGGGUGGAGGAGAAAGACAUGCUUUUCAAGGCUAGCAACCUUGAGAAAGUCAAAGACUGA